AAGACUUUGGAAAACAAAUUCGUAAAACUACAAAACGUAAAUAAGAAAAAAUUAAUACUAGAAAACAAAUAAUGGUAGAAACCCUUUCUUUGUGAACGUUUAGCCAAUCAACGAAAAGCGAAAAGUUGCAUAAAAGAAAAACAACUAAAAAUACUUGUAAUCAAUUUAAUUAUUUUUCGAAGCGAUAAGCUGAUGCGCACUUAAGCCCAUUGAACGGUGUUGCUGAAUCACAGCCGUCACUCAUUCAUAUGGUUAGUUUGGGACACAAUUUCAACGCAAAUAGGAGUGCUCAAUACAUGAACAUGGGUGAUAAUCGAGGAUCUGUUACGCCAAGCAACGCUGCUGCCGGUGUGGGUGCUGGCAUCUUUGGUAGCGACACACAAGAGCUGCUUGAUCCAGUAUUAACUUCAAAUACGGAUGGUACCUUUAAAUCUCUCAAAACAAUACCGGCUUUUAGUAUUCAUCUGCUGAUUUCAACUGUAAUCUCUUUUAUUGGCAUUGUGCUUGCUUUUGCAUGGCCAGAGGACAAACGUUGUGAAGCGUAUUUCAUUAUGCUUUACUUACGUGCGACUUUUUGGGUGAUAACAUUUCUGUUCGAUCACUUAAUUAAGAAGCAUCACGACGAUUUACGCCUAAAUGGUUAUCAUGAAUUUCAUCGUGCCACGGCCAUGCAAAAGAGUAUACCACUGAAUGUGGUAUCGCUUUGGAACUCCAUGCUAUUGGCUGUACAAGCGGGUAUUCAUCACUAUUAUGGUGUCAAUUUCUGGCAACAUUGUGCGGAAGGGUUUCUCUCGCCGGUUUCUUAUAUUGCCGCUUUUAACACUUUAGAGACACUGGUAUUGAGUGCAACUCACGGUUGCUAUAUAUCAAAAGUGCGGAAAUUUAAUAAAUCCGCCCCACCACCCGAUGCGCUGCGCGGUGGUAAUAGUGCUUCCGGUUCACUGGGCCUAAUGCAACCUGGUGGUAAUACUAGUGAGUUGUUAGAGAAACAGGCCGAUCUCAUUGCCUACCUAAAGGAUCAUAAUCAGCAACUAAAUCAGAAAUUGCACCAAAUGCAGUUAAAUGCGCGCACCGUGAAUUUGGCAGCUUAAAGCUGAAAGGUGUACGGAGUCUCUACAACAUACUAAAUUAAAUUCGAAACGAAAGAGAGAAUUGAAAAAAGUAGUAUCUUACUUUUUAUAUCAAGUGAGAAUUAUAAUCGAGGUGAAGUUUCAAAUCAUCGCGAUCUGUAUUACUACGUGUUACUAUUUAUAUACUAACUAUUAUACCCAGUUUAUUGGUUACUAGUUUUUAUUAGAGAAGGAUAUCUGAAAUUUGAUAUUUCCCAAAUUUUGUUUGUAUGCAAAAUAUGCAUAUGCGAUUUGUUUUAUCUUUAUUACUACCAUAAUUAAGUGUAUUUCAAUCAUUGUGUAUAUUUGGCAAACAUGAACUUUUGUUUGUUUUAAUCCGUUUA